AACAAUGUCGGAUAUUAUAAGCAUCAGUUUGAGGAAGCCUUUUGAAAAAUACAUUAGAAUGUGUUAACUGCUUGCUGUGUUACGUGGACUCAGGUAUGAGCAUUGAGUACGAGUAUGUUUUAUGUCAGAUUCAUUUAAUUACUAUGUCCAAAGACUCAAGGAUACAAAAAUCUUUUAUAUUUCUCAUUAUUAUUCUUUAAUUUUACAGGAUAAAAUGGGGUUUACAAGGUGACAUAAAACAUUUCAUGCAUAAUAUGGGAGAUUUAUGCGUAGCUAUGUGGAAAACUCGAAUUGUUCAACAAGCUUGUUGGUUUAUUCCAACAACAUUGACUCUUGAUUCAGGAGUUACGAGGCCACCAUCACUUUUAAGUGAAACUGAUUUACUAAAUUGUAUGGACAAGGCGGGCAUUGGCGCAGAUGCCACAAUGCAUGAUCACAUAAAAAAGCUGCUUGAUCGAUUUUAUGCCACCAAAGACUUCAACACUCGUUUCUCACCAACCAAUCUUGGUGAGGCACUAGUUAUGGGAUAUGAUGACAUGGGUUAUGAACUUUGGAAACCAUAUCUUCGAGCUAUGAUGGAGAAUGACAUGAAAGCAGUUAGCAUAGGGACAAAGAGAAAAGCUGAGGUUUUGUCAACAUGCUUGGAGCAGAUGAAAGCUUGCUUCUUAGAUGCAACAAAAAGAGAUGCAUUCUCUUUGUAGUCAACACUACUAAGAGAGUGAGAGAGCAGAGACGAAAGAAGGAUGAUUAUGUAUUCUUUGGCUAUCUAUUCCACUGUCUCCUUUUUCAUUCAAUUCACAGCGGAGUUACUUCAUCUCUCUUUCUCCUUUUCCUUGGUAUUCAUCUUUACUUUUUUCUUUUAUAUGUGUAAAUCAAUCUGCACAAGUUCACUAAAUCUCGAAGUUUUUUUAAUCUCUAAAGGAUCCUUCCUUUUGUAUUUGGAGAGAGAUUUAGGCCUUGUUUGGUUUGUGUUUCUCAAAAAAUUUUGGGAAAAAUUCUCUACAAAUAAGUU